UUGCAGCCCCAAAUUCGCACUUGGGCACAAGUAGAAUCGAUCCAGACACGUGUUUCUUGAUAUUUAUUCAUUUCCCAUCCCACUCUCUCUCCUCUCUCUCUCGCGUGUUGCGUUCGUCGUCUCCAAUGGCGUUCACAGCGACAGUCCGUUGCCCCUCUCUCUUCCGCCUGCCGAGGAAUUCAAUCUCUCUACCUCAAUCUCCAGCUUCAAUUUCGUUCCGAUCCUCGCCUGCGUAUCUCAGCCGCCCGAAGCCCUUAUCGAUUCGAUCAGCCUCAGUCGAAGCUCCGCCGGCUUCUGGGGGGCUUGCACCUGCUGUGGGCUUGACGGAUAAUGCACUGAAGCACUUGAGUAAGAUGAGAUCUGAACGGAAUGAAGAUUUAUGCUUAAGAAUAGGUGUCAAACAGGGUGGGUGCUCCGGGAUGUCUUACACAAUGGAGUUUGAGAGCAGAGAAAAUGCGAGGCCAGAUGAUUCCAUCAUUGAAUACAAUGGGUUUGUUAUAGUUUGCGAUCCGAAGAGCCUUCUUUUCAUUUAUGGGAUGCAAUUGGACUACAGCAACGCGCUCAUUGGCGGAGGCUUCUCUUUCAAAAAUCCGAAUGCUACACAAACCUGUGGUUGUGGUAAAUCAUUUGCUGCUGAGAUGUAAAAUCUUGUAAAGAUGAAAGAUUGAGCUAGAUCAUUACCCGAAGAAAACCUAGUUUGAUUGGACUACUGAGUGUCUAAUUGUCUGGUUAAGAAACCUGUGAUUGUAUAAUAUAAGCCAAAUUUGUUUGAGCA